AUGAUGCAUUUCGACAAGUCACCUUCAGUUGAAAGUUUAACGAGCAAACUGGUUGUUUCUGAUGAAUUAUCGUUGCUUAUUGAAAACAAUACAAACGUUAAAGACUUAGAUGCGAAGCAAAUAGAUCAGUUAUUAAGUUUGAUGAAUUCGUGGAUGAAAUCAUUGCAGAAAGAAAUUAAUUUUAUCGAAGACAUUAUGGGUGGAAAAAUUCAAUACGCGUCUGCAAUCAAUGAAUACAAUUUUUGGGAUAAACGAUAUAAUAAUUUCAAAGCGAUACUGGAACAACUGUUGACCGACAAAGUAGUGAUAAAAUGCAUAAAUAUUUUAGAACAAAUUGUCAACAGUCAAAUUGUUUUAUAUACGUUGAGGAUAUUUAACGAAUUAAAAAAUGACUUUCAAAUAAUGUAUGAUACUACUGUUAGAAACACGAUGUAUUUUAUGGAAUUGAUUUACGAUGGAAUUGAUUCAAUCAUCAACGCACCGUUUGUAUUUAUCGUGGAAAACUUUUUACCACUAUACAACCAUUUAAAUCUAAUGUGGUUGACAUCAAGUUUAUUUAGUCGGAAAAAACACAUGGAACGUCUACUAGAGUCAAUUUCAAAUUCGGUUGCUGAUAGAGUUUCUGUAACUUUGAGUAUACCCGAGAUAUUCCAAUACAAAACAUCUAAAGCUGUGGACUUGGUCAAAAGUGGCUUAUACAUUUUAGACCGAUGGGAAGCGACAUAUAUAAAAUGUAAAAAGGAUAUUGAGGUGAUAUCCACCAUUUAUUUCCGACGAUGGGCUUGGGAGUUUGACGAGGACAUACUCUUCCAUCGAUUACAUUUCGUUCGUUUAAUUGUACGUGAUUUAGACAAAAUAAUGAAGAUUAUUGAACUGAUAUUAAUGAGGCCUGAAGUUAGUCAUAUUUUUAAAAAUAGUUCAGAAAGCCAAAUAUUUAUCAAAAAUUAUAUCACUCGUAUAUUUUUUGAUUUGGAAAUCAAUGUGUAUGAUAGUAAUAGAGAAGAAAUUUGGAUAAAAAUAAUGGACCAAUUUCUUCACCAUUUUGAAACUAACGUCUAUAACAAAAUAAGCCAAUCGAUGAAAAUUUCAAACAGUGCAAUUAACGAUGUUAAAUUAUUACAAUUUUUCGAGAACAUGAUGAUUCGACACACACUAAUAAAGAAACUACGUCCAAAGUACGUGAUAAUUUUAGAAAAGUUCGUUGUAGAAAUUAAUCACUAUAAUACACAAUUCAUGUCGUUAAAAGAAUCUCCUAGAUUAGUCUUUGGUGUGCCUCCAGUGGCAGGUAAAAUUAUUUUAGUGCAAGACCUUUUUCUAAGGGCAAAAAGAACCGCUCGUAUCGUUGAAUCGACAGCAAAAUUUCCUCAGAUUCAGAAAACCAAAACAUUAUCAAUAUAUGGAAAAUUCUGCCAAAACAUCUUAAAAUAUGAAAGUAACGUAGUCGAUAAAUGGUUGGACAACGCCCUUAAAAUUGAAGGGCGUCUAAUGGAAUGCGCUUUAUGGACUUUGCGUGGAAAUAAACUCAUGUCAACGUUCGACAAAGAAUUAUUUUGUUUCAUAGACACAGCAUUACAUCUUCAUCUUUUAGGUCAUGAUUUACCAAUUAUUAUUAUGAACUUAAUAGAAAAACAACAACGGAUAAUACUUAAUAUAAAGAUGCUUGACUCGUUGUUGGAAGUUUACAAUGAAAUAGUGGGCAGAAUGGAUGCUCCAAUUGCUUUGGCAAUGGAACGUCAUUUUUCUAAAGUAAAACUGGUUAUGCGUCCCGGUUUUGAAAAGAGAUAUACUUAUUUAUCAUUUCAGCUACCGAAAUUUAUGAAACAUUGUUUGCGCUCUCUAAAUAUAUUCAAUACAAUCUAUAAGGAAAUUGAAUUAUUUCAAACAAUCAUAUCCGAGAAACUCGAAUUAAUUGAAAAUCUAAAAUUUUUUGUUAUGGAUCCAAAUUACGUUCAAGAUAUUUUUGUAUUAUUUGAACAAUUCAUAACACAAGGAGAUAAAAACAUGUCGAUUAUAACAUGUUCGAUGAACUACAUAUCUAAAGCACUAAAUUUGAUCGAAAAAACUUGUUAUGAUUUAGAAAUAGAUGGCCACGAGCACAUGCGUUUAUUGUAUGAAAAAUAUGAGAAAGCACUGUACGAUGCUUUUAUCGCAAUGGUCAGGAAUAAUUGUAAAGCGUACAAAAAUAUAUUAGACAGCGAUCGCGUGGCCUUCGUGAUUUACGGGCAGCUAAUUGAUGAUAAAUUUACUUUUAUUCCUAAUAUCAACACCAUAUAUGCCACGUUGACCAAGGCCAUGGACGAUAUGUUUAAUCGAUUGAAAUCCGUACCCAGAUGGCUAAGAACCACUAAUGUUUUGUGUCCAUUCAUCAAUAGCAUGGGGACUGAUGAAUCGCAUCUACCUUACACAUACUACACUCAUGUGGAGAAAUGCGAGGAUGUAUACGACAUGAAAAAAGAAUGUUAUAAUACAAUUGAAAUACUUAUCAACCGACUGAAAAUAGCAGUACAGAAAUUUGCAGGAUUCGGUUUUAUGAGUGAAAAACGAAUUAAAUUGAUAAUUGAUCAGUUCACCGAGACAAAUCCUACACUGGCCGAUUAUGGAGAGAAGUUAAAAUAUUUCUUCACGCUGUCGACCCGUGUUGAACGCGAGUUGUACAUAGACUAUGGCUGUAUUCGAAUCGACAUUUCCGAAUAUAUCGUUGUGUUACGGGAACGAUGUGAUUUUUGGCAUUCAGUUUACGCGAAUCAAUUGAUACUUGAAAGCGACGAUAUUAUGGCAAAGUUUUCACAAAAUAUGGUGGUAUUAAAAAAACAGUUAAAUAAUCAUUUUCGAAAUUGCCAAGGACUCGACAUUGUGGAAAAGGCUGUUAAAAAAAUUAGACAAACGGUGUUUCGUGCUGAUUCCACAUUUCACGAAAUACAUAAUCGAUUCCAUUUCAUGAAGCGACAUAAAAUAACUGUGCCAAAUUAUCAAUUGAACAAUUUCAAAGAUGUACAAAACAAUUGGCAGAUUUUAUACAAAGAUGCGUUAAGCCGGAACUUAUGUUUUGAAAAUGCAAAAGAAGGUCUUGUUACAAUUAAUAGCAUAUAA